GAAACUCGAUUCAAAAUUCAACCUACAAGCAUGCGUCAGUAAAACAAAAUAAUAAUAAAAAAAGGUGAAAAAAGGCUUCAAUUAAUCCUAAACUCAUGAAAUUUGUCAGCAAAUAGUAAUCCUUCCCAAGCACAAGCAGGCAAGCAAGCAAGCAAGCUUCUCUCCCUUCUCUUUGUUUAUCUCUUUCCCUCAUAUUUCACUGCCUGUUUACCCUUUCUCUUGUAUAUAAGUUUACUUUAUAUUUCCUUCUCCGAUUAUAGUGGGGGUUAGGUUUGUUUGUUUUCCUGAAGUAGCUCAAUUUCGAUCGUAUCUCUGAUUUUAAUAUUGAAGAAAUCUGAACUCCACUUGCUUAACGAUGGAAAACAAGGCCAUUGGAUUGGAUAAGGGAUGGGAUUAUAUGCAGAAGGGAAUCACAAAGCUGAAGAGGAUUUUGGAAGGACUGCCAGAGCCUCCGUUUACCUCAGAAGAAUAUAUGAUGCUUUACACGACUAUCUACAACAUGUGUACUCAAAAGCCACCUCAUGAUCAUUCUCAACAGCUUUAUGACAAGUAUAGAGAGGCAUUUGAAGAAUAUAUUACCUCAACGGUAUUGCCAUCUUUAAGAGAGAAGCAUGAUGAGUUCAUGUUGAGGGAGCUUGUUAAAAGAUGGGCGAACCAUAAAGUAAUGGUCAGGUGGCUAUCACGUUUCUUUCAUUACCUUGAUCGCUACUUCAUUGCCCGAAGAUCACUCCCCACACUUAAUGAAGUUGGGCUUACCUGCUUCCGAGAUCUGGUAUAUCAAGAAGUGCAUGCUAAAGUCAAAGAUGCUGUGAUCACCCUUAUUGAUAAAGAACGUGAGGGAGAGCAGAUAGACCGACCAUUACUGAAGAAUGUCUUAGAUAUUUUUGUUGAAAUUGGCAUGGGAAAAGUGGAUCGUUAUGAAGAUGACUUUGAAGCAGAUAUGCUUCAGGAUACUGGUGCUUACUAUUCACGGAAGGCAUCAAGCUGGAUUGAGGAAGAUUCUUGUCCGGAUUACAUGUUGAAGUCUGAGGAAUGCCUGAAGAAGGAAAGGGAUAGAGUGUCACAUUACCUGCAUUCAAGCAGUGAGACAAAAUUGUCAGAGAAAGUGCAAAAUGAGUUGUUGGUUGCAUAUGCAAAUCUUCUACUAGAAAAGGAGCAUUCAGGAUGUAGGCCAUUGCUUAGAGAUGACAAGGUGGAGGAUCUUUCUAGGAUGUACAGGCUUUAUUGUAAAAUACCUCGAGGCUUGGAUCCUGUGGCUAACAUAUUCAAGCAGCAUAUUACUGCUGAGGGUACUGCCUUGGUUCAACAGGCGGAAGAUGCUACUAGUAACCAGGCCUCAAGUGCUCCAGGUGUGCAGGAACAGGUACUUAUCAGGAGAACAAUUGAGCUGCAUGAUAAGUAUAUGGCAUAUGUGACUGAUUGUUUCCAAAACCAUACUCUCUUUCAUAAGGCCUUGAAAGAAGCUUUUGAGGUAUUUUGCAACAAAACUGUUACUGGCAACUCAAGUGCAGAGCUUCUGGCAACUUUCUGUGAUAAUAUCCUCAAGAAGGGUGGAAGCGAGAAAUUAAGUGAUGAAGCCAUUGAAGAAACACUUGAGAAGGUAGUUAAGCUGCUGGCCUAUAUUAGUGAUAAAGACCUCUUUGCGGAAUUCUACAGGAAGAAGCUUGCUCGGCGACUUCUUUUUGACCGCAGUGCUAAUGACGAUCAUAAAAGGAGUAUUCUGACUAAGCUAAAGCAGCAAUGUGGUGGACAGUUCACCUCAAAGAUGGAGGGCAUGGUUACAGAUCUGACAUUGGCAAGGGAAAACCAGGCCAACUAUGAGGACUACCUUAGGAGUAACUCAGCUGCUCAUCCUGGGAUUGAUUUAACAGUUACUGUUCUUACCACAGGAUUCUGGCCAAGUUAUAAAUCAUUUGAUCUUAAUCUUCCUGCUGAGAUGGUUAAGUGUGUGGAGGUUUUCAAAGGAUUUUAUGAAACAAAAACAAAACACAGAAAGCUUACCUGGAUUUACUCCUUGGGAACUUGCCACAUUAAUGGCAAGUUUGAGCAGAAGAUAAUUGAACUGAUUGUUUCGACAUAUCAGGCUGCUGUCCUUCUGCUUUUUAAUGCUUCUGAUCGGCUGAGCUAUUCAGAAAUUAUGGCUCACUUAAACUUGACCCAUGACGACUUACUCAGAUUAUUACAUUCGUUGUCGUGUGCCAAGUACAAGAUUCUAAGUAAAGAACCAAAUACAAAAACCAUCUCCCACGGUGACUACUUUGAGUUCAAUUCCAAGUUUACUGACAAGCUGAGGAGGAUUAAGGUUCCCCUCCCUCCUGUUGAUGAACGAAAGAAAGUUGUUGAAGAUGUCGAUAAAGAUCGGCGUUAUGCUAUUGAUGCUGCACUUGUGCGUAUAAUGAAAAGCAGGAAGGUUUUGGGCCACCAACAAUUAGUUUCAGAGUGUGUUGAGCAGUUGAGUCGCAUGUUCAAGCCUGAUAUUAAAGCUAUCAAGAAGCGAAUGGAGGAUCUCAUAACACGAGACUACCUGGAGAGAGACAAGGAGAAUCAAAACAUGUUCAGGUACUUGGCCUAAAAUUAAAUAUAGGGGCUUUGCAAAUGGUGCAUUGCAUUGUAGGAAAGUGGGUAUAUUCACGACAGAGGAAUUGGGGAGGGGAGUUUUGCCUACACUCAAUUUCUCUUACAUUUUCUUUGUAGUAUCAUGUAAAUUCAUUUUCUUUUUGAUGAAAAACAAGAAAAUAUAAUUACAUCAAAUUAAAUCGAACAAAAGCAUCAUUAGCCUUA